AUGCCAAGUGUGGCUGUGUCUAGCUCUGGUAGUAUCUCUAGUACCCCCAGUUCGGCCAGCAAACUCCCAAUCAUGAAGAGGCUGCCCAUACCUGAGUUGCAGGAUACGCUCAAUAGAUAUCUUGAGAGGGUCGAGCCCCUCCAGGACGAAAGACAAAAUAGAAAAACACGCAAAUGCAUUCUCUCUGAAGAAAACCUAAACAUAAUGGGAACUCUGGAUGGGAAAUUGCGAGAAUAUGACAGCGAAUUGGCCAAAGAGAAUCCGAAAUCUUCGUAUAUAGAACAAUUUUGGUAUGAUGCCUAUUUGCUGUAUGAUGCUUCCAUCGUCUUGAAUUCUAAUCCGUAUUUCCAGUUGCAAGACGACCCAACAAUCAAGGACUCAUCUGAAUCAGGCAUUGGGCCUUAUGGAAUUUACACUAGUCAGGUCAAGAGAACAGCAAAAUUAGUCGUUUCAAUUUUAAAGUUCAUCCAAGAAUUGCGUCAUGGAACUUUACAGCCAGAUACCGUGCGUGGGAAGACGUCAUUGUCGAUGGAUCAAUACGAUAAAUUGUUUGGUUCAAGCAGGAUUCCUCCAGGACCAGGUGAAAAGUCGUGCCAUUUGCAAACAGAUCAUACUUCACAUCACAUUAUUGUUCUUUAUCAAGCUCAGUUCUAUUGGUUUGACGUGCUAGACGUCAACAAUAUCCCUAUUUUUUCCAGCCCUGAAGAGUUGGAGUGGAAUUUAUAUUCAAUUAUAAUGGAUAACGAAAGAAACAAGCUCGAAUUGGACGACAGCAUUAGAAUCCCGUUUGGUGUUUUCACAACUGAAAGCAGAAGAGUCUGGUCUAAUGUUAGGGAUUACGUCUUUCAUCAUUCAGAUCCAACCAAUUGGAAAAACUUAAAGAUUAUUGAAAGUGCACUCUUUGUUAUUUGUUUGGAUGAUGUCUCUUUCAAAGAUGAUCAAGAAAAUGAGUUGGUAAGAUCCUUUCUUUGUGGAACUUCUGAUAUCGAUUUGGAUCCAACAAAUUUGGCAAAACCUUUGGGGACACAACGCGGUACUUGUUUGAAUAGAUGGUAUGAUAAACUGCAAUUGAUUGUCACGAGAAAUGGGAAAGCAGGUAUCAACUUCGAACAUACUGGUAUUGAUGGGCACACUGUUUUGAGACUCGCAACAGAUAUUUAUACAGAUUCGAUAAUAAGUUUUGCUCGUGGGAUCACAAAAAAUGUUCCCAGUGUGUUUGAGUCUGAGUUAUUAGAUGCAAGAACCAGAGGCUCUUCUGCAACCUCUCGUGCAAAUCUGAUCACUAUCCCCAGGAAGUUAGAUUGGAAAGUGGAUUCUUUCCUUCUAUCUUCACUGCAUUUUGCAGAAACAAGAGUCUCUGAUGUAAUUUCACAAUACGAAUUUGCGACUCUUAACUUCAGUGAAUAUGGUGCAUCCCACAUAAAGUCACUUUUCAAAUGUUCUCCAGAUGCAUUCACGCAACAAGUGUACCAAAUAGCCUAUUACGCUCUUUACGGGAAAUUUGAAACGACCUAUGAACCUGCGAUGACAAAACUUUUUCAGAACGGAAGGACAGAAGCUAUAAGAUCUGUCUCACACCAAUCUAAAAGAUUUGUUAAAUCGUUAUUUGAUCGCGCUUCAGAUGAUAAAGAACGUUUAGAAUUACUAAGAGAAGCAUGCAAAGAACAUUCACGUAUCACAAAAGAAUGUACAAUGGGAAUGGGUCAGGAUCGUCAUCUAUAUGCCCUUUACUGUUUAUGGAAUGAAUACUAUAGGGAUGAACUCGAUUUAGCCCCUAUGUUCGAAGAUAAAUCAUGGUCAUUGCUAAAUACCAAUGUGUUGAGCACUUCAAACUGUGGCAAUCCAUGCUUGAAAACCUUUGGAUUUGGCCCUGUGACUGCUAAUGGUUUUGGUAUAGGUUAUAUCAUUCGUGACAAUUCUAUUUCUGUUGUCGUUUCCUCAAGACAUAGACAAACGCACAGGUUCCUUUCCUUGAUAGAGAAAUCGUUCCUAGAAGUGGACCAUAUCUUUCAGAGAGCAGCAGAACCUGGUAUCAGCAAAGCACCACAUACUGAUACACAAGUCAAAACAUUGCUUAGAGAUGGCAAACGACUAAAUCCCCCAUCCAAAUCUGAAGACUUGAGUUUUUUAUUGGGCGGCUAUGAUUACUUCGACGUCAGCGUCUCCGGUUAG